AUAAUAUUUCAUUUUCAUUGUUUUAAAAUUUGUUAAGAAAAAGUAUGGCUUCCAAUUGGAAGAAAACCAAAAUCAUUGAAAUAUCUGAAGACAGUAAACCAGCUGUGGAACAUUCAAUUAUAAUUGGGGGAGAAUGUAUUACUAUGAGAAGUCAAGAUACCCGCACAAUAUUAGAAACCCGUCGUUUUAACUACAGCAAACUUCUUCCAAAUGGUACUGUUGUACCUAUAGAUGUGAGUACGAGUGUUCCCGAUUUAAUAGAUCAAUAUAUCAAUUAUUGUAAGUUGAGAACGAAUAGCAAUACUGCUUUCGCCAUGCCUGUAACUCCGAAUUUUGUUAGUCAAACUAUUCCAAAUCCGUGUGCAAAUCAAAUUCUUUUUAACACCAAUGCUCAAACUCAGACAAACCUUACUCACGAUGUAAGCACUUCAACCAAUAAUAAAUUAAUUAAUCAAGUGAAGACCAAUAAUUGCAGCCGUUUUAGUAGAAAUAUUCAGACACAGACGAAAUGUACACGUAAUAUCAGCACUUCAACUGAUUAUGAAUUGAAAGGAAAAACCUUAAAAAAGUGUACACGUCAGUGUAGAAUUAGUUGUUCAGACCAUGAACUCCUUAGGAAAAAGAAGAAGAUAUGUCUUAGUUUGUCAUCAACUCAUAUUGGUGGAGUUCGUAAUGAGUCCAACAUCUGAAUGGAAAACUGGUGGGGGUUAUUGGCAUACCUACAACUAAAUUAUGCUUGACAACAUGAUAAUUCCCUCAAAAUGAAGGAAAUGACAGAAAGAAAUGCUGUUUUCGAUUUGUAUUGUGCUUAUGUUUACUUAGUCUUGCAAUAUUUGAACCUGGGUAAGAAGUCCGUUUAG